CUUUUGUAUUUAUCUAUGCUUCUAACCUAACCUCCUCAGGAAGUACUAAGUACUGUGCAAAUAUAAUAUAUUAACCUCUUUCUUAUUAAAUUUUCAAGAUUAUUUUAUUAGUCUAUUUUCCUUCGUAAAUUAACAAUGGAUGAUACAUCAGCGUUAUCAGGGUUAACUGGAGCACAAAAAGAUGAACUCAUGGAUCAAGUCAAACAACAAAUUGCUGUUGCUAAUGUGCAAGAAUUACUAACUAAAAUGACCGAGAAAUGUUUCAAGAAAUGCAUCAAUAAGCCAGGCACCUCGUUAGAUAGUUCAGAACAAAAAUGUGUUGCAAUGUGUAUGGAUAGAUAUAUGGAUUCAUGGAAUUUAGUAUCAGAGGUAUAUCGUCAAAGAAUUCAAAGGGAAAGGCACAGAAUGUGAUCUUGUAGUUAGAAAUAACUUGAAAUUAGUGUUGAUAAUAAAAUGAUAUAGGAAUGAAUACUGAAGGAGAUUGGCAGUUGAAUUGUUUGCUGAAAAUUUAUCUCGAGUAUAUGCAUUAAUUCUCUGAAUUCUGAUGAAUACAACAUUUAUUCUGGAAUAUAAAUUAAAAUAUAUACUUCCUAAGAAUUA